AUCGAUAUAUUUAUUUGAAAUUAUGAUCACAUUAAUCGAAAUAAAUAGGUAAACAUGAGCGAUACGGCUGAAAAGGACGAAACGAAUGCGCCGGAGGAACUGGAUGUGGGGAGUGAACGUUUCAAUCCACUACGUGCGCUAUAUGCCGCCGAUUACAAGGUUACUGAUAAGACGCCAAAAGUGCUGUAUCAAAACAUAGCUGCGUUUGAAAGUGCGCUUACAAAAGUUGGUGUUUGGGAACUAAACAAAAAACAGAAACAAAGCAGCAAUGAAGUCGCAGUUAAGAAGACACCUUCCACAGCCUCGUCAGUUGACCAGGUUGCGAGUACUCGACGAUUCGAGCCACAUCAGAUGGCUAUAGCAAGCACCACGAAGGCAAAACACCAUCGCAAUCUUCACACACACAUGGCCAGUGCGGAAGGACCUUUGGCUUUGUUGCAGAGUUACUUGCCACCCAAUACACAAACACGGGUACGGGUCUACCUGCGGAAAGAGCACGGCGUUGGCGGCACCAUCGAAGGUGAACUUGUGGCCUUUGACAAACAAUGGAAUCUGUUGCUGAAGAACGCAGUUGAGAUUUGGCAGCGUCGGAAGUACAAGUAUGGUGAACAGAAGAUCCAUGGCACUGCCGCAUCAGAAGAAUGCAGUGCACGGCUUCUUCAGUUGGGUAUUUCUCUGCCCGUUGUGCACGUGAAGAGUCUAAGCCGGAAGAAUGUGCAGCUGCGACGCGAAAUCCCACAGCUGAUGGUCCGCGGCGAGAAUGUUGUCUUAAUAAGUUGUAUUAGCAAUUCAAAAGACUAAAAUUUAAUUUAAUUUCAUAUAAUGUAAGUUAAUUAGUUAUAGUACAUCAAUUGGUGUACACCAUGGGAACGCAUUCCUCGGCUGCCACAUGACAAGGCGAAUCAUCCUCCAUUAAAUGUUGCAAGCUCUCGUUUGGAUAACUGCAAAAGAAAA